AUGAAAAAAAACAGAGAUCUAAAUAUAGAACCAGAAAAAGGAAACCAAGAAAUGCGAAACAGAGUACCAAAUGCAAUGUGUGAAGACGAAUGUAAGUAUAGCAAGAGAACGAUCAUGAUGAAGGAAAAUCUUGAAGAAAAACAGAAGAUUAUGGUGUUGAAUCCAGCAAAAGAAACAAGAUAUGAGAUGGUAGAUAAUUGUAGCUUAGAAGUCCAAGUUGCAUGCAUGUUCGGCGAUCCAUUGACAUCACCAUUGCCAUUGCACUGUAGAAAGUCGGCAACAAAGAAAAUUAGAGAAUUGGAAUUCAGAACACAGAAUGAGCGGCCACCCGAGAACGGUUAG